GCAGCGAAUAGCGCUCGAAGUUAUGUCCUAGCUUGACGAUAGCAAAGAGACGAAAACAAAAAUAUUCGACAUUUCAGACAUCACCUGCCUUGUUCUAUUUCUGUCGAGCAGUGCUAUUUAGGACUUGCUUCUCAGAUUGUCAGAGAUUACACACCGCUGGCCCAUGCAUCGUUACUUCAUCUGAACUCCUCAGACUUCGCGUACACCACAUCAGUCACUAUGGACACUUUUAAGGCUAAAGAGGAGGAUUACAUCCCGUUUAAUUCUGAUAACGAAGGAUCUGAAGCCAGUGGCCAGACUUUAGACAGAGAUGCACCUAUCAUUCAAACUUCUGAUCAGGCAGCCAAACAUAUUAACCAAAAGAAUUCAAGGCUAAAGGAUCAGUUAUCCAGGAUUAUGGCGAGCCGCAUAAGAGCUCAGUAUGUUUGCCAAGCGGCAAUCGUGUUCGCUCAAAGCUUUGCAUAUACUGACUUGUCUUCGGCAUUCGGCAAAUGCGCUUUCAUAAUUCGUAAUUAUUCCUGGUGUAAUCCAUACUAACUAUCCUGUUUGUGUAGGAAGAUGUUUAUCGGUGGUCUCAACUGGGAAACAACUGAUCAGUCGCUACGCGAUUAUUUCUCCCAGUUCGGCGAGGUGACGGAAUGUACAGUGAUGAGAGAUGGUGCCACAGGCCGAUCGCGAGGGUUCGGAUUCCUCACCUUCAAGGAUCCUAAGACGGUGAACAUUGUUAUGGUCAAGGAGCACUUCUUAGACGGGAAGAUUAUCGAUCCGAAGCGAGCUAUCCCACGAGAUGAGCAAGAGAAAACCAGCAAGAUCUUUGUCGGUGGUGUCAGCCAGGAGACGACCGAGCCGGAAUUCAAAGACUAUUUUGCCCAGUUUGGUCGGGUUGUUGAUGCUACCCUUAUGAUGGACAAAGAUACCGGUCGCCCGAGAGGGUUUGGAUUCGUCACGUUUGAGAGUGAAGCUGGUGUUGAUGCUUGCCUCAGUACUCACCUAGAAAUCCACGGUAAGCCCAUCGAGGUCAAGAAGGCACAGCCACGAGGCAACAUGCGCGAGGAAGAGGAAGCCUCGAGACGCGGCAAGUUCAGGAAAGGUGGUAUGGAAGAACAGGGUAGUCCCCAGGCCCAGAUGGCCAGUCAGAUGGGCCAAGGAGGCAUGACCCCUCAAGUCAUGGCCCAAUAUAUGCAGCGAAUGCAGCAAUACAUUAUGAUGCAACAGCAAAUGGUUAUGAACCGAGGCAUGGGCAUGGGAGCCGUAAACCCUGCCAUGAUGCAAAUGAUGCAGAUGCAACAGAUGCAACAACUCCAGCAGCAGAUGGCCCAAGGUGGCGGCCAAAAUGGCCAAAACAACCCGAUGGCAGGAAUGCCCAAUAUGAACCCGGCUCUAAUGCAGCAGAUGCAGCAGCAGAUGCAGCAACAGAUGAUGGCGAACGGAGGUGCCGGUCAGGGUCAGGGUCAGGGUCAAGGUGACGGAAGCCCGCAAGGAUUCAACGACUUCAACAAUCAGCAACAGAUGUUUGCCCCGCGUGGCGGCGGGGGCCGACGUGGAGGCCGAGGGGGAUAUAAUCAAGGCUAUAGUAACAACAACAAUAUGGGCGCCGCAGAUCCGACUUCGUGGGAGGGUAUGUACGACGAUGUGCCUCAGCCCAACUUCAACCAAGGAGGUCGUGGUGGCUUCCACCGAAAUAGGAGUGCUCAUCAACAGAGUCCGACUCCGGUCGAUCCUAACCAUGCUCCGCCGGCUGACGCACCCAAGGGUCCGAAGAAUGCUGGCAAGCCGGGUGCAAACUACCGCGGCGGAGGACGAGGUGGCGGUGGCAGCCGAGGCUUCCAUCCUUAUGGCCGUUAGCGACGCUAGGAAGGGAUUGGGACGUUCCACGGCCUACUUACUCGUCACGGUGGUACCCAGUUAGGAACAAGGAAAAUUCCAGGACAGGCUUUCACGAGCUCACGAGUGGAUGAAAUCUGAUGAAAAAUCCCCUACAUUGGAAACGA